AUGAUCAUUGAUCUUAACGAGGACAUUUAUGAUGAUGAUGUUGUGGAGGUCAAUGCUGAUGAGCAGGGUCCCUCGAUUCCUUGUAAAGGGAUGUGCUUUGUUUCAGACGAAGAAUUAGCAACAUUAUGUCACAAUUAUGCAUAUAAACUUGGAUUCACCUUUUUGGUUCAGUCUAGCUUGUUGAUGGACGAAUACAAGGCACUUGGAGUUAGACGUACCGGUGUAGGGAAAUUAGAGACACAAAACCAUAUGCUCAAGCGAUUAAGAUUGCAUUGUAAGAUGGGGGGUCGUAAACAAACUAUGAAUUCUCAGGUGUCUGACUGCAAGGUGUUUGUUGAAGGAAGGAUGGUUGAGGGUCGUAUGGAGAUAACCGGAUGUUUAUUGGAACACAAACAUACACUCCAUCCGAAUAGUAGCCGUUUUAUGGUUAAUUAUAGGAACAUUGAUUGUCCAACGCAUAAUAGAAUAGUUAUCAAUGAUAGGUCUGCGAUUCCAAUAAGCAGGAACUUUAAUCAACUCGUGGUUGAGAAUGGAGGCCAGGAAAAUGUACCCUACAACCAACGAGAUGUGAGGAAUGUAGUGAACUUAGAGCGUCGUAUGUCUAGGAUUCAAGGAGAUGCAGUUGCUCUUGAAGAAUACUUCAGGAAGCAGCAUGAUGCUGAUAAAAACUUCUACAGUUGCAUCCAAAAUGAUGAAAUAGGAACUUUGAUGAACGCGUUUUGGUAUGAUUCAAGGAGCAGGGCAACAUGGAAAGAUUUUGGUGAUAUAAUAACCUUUGAUACAACAUUCCUCGCCAACAGGUACAAGAUGCCAUUUGCACCAUUUGUGUGUGUAAACCAUCAUGGCAAAUCAAUCGUGUUUGUAUCAGCACUCCUAUCACACGAGGAUUCAGAUACUUUUGAAUGGGUAUUUAAACAGUGGCUUCUUUGUAUGGUAAAGAAUUUAGGUAGCCUAACCAAAUGGAGUAAAAUAGGUGUGGCAAUACAUGAAGCAGUCCAUGAUUUUCUGGACGCAGAUGAAUUCGAUGAAGCAUGGCGUCUAAUUAUUGAAACAUGUGGUCUUCAAGCCAAUCCUUGGAUGAAGGAGAUGUAUGAAAUUAGGCAGCGGUGGGCGCCAGGGCACUGGCGAACCACAUUUUGGGCUGGAAUGUCCUCGACCCAGAGAAGUGAAAGAAUGAAUCGCUUUUUUAAGGGCUAUGUAAACGUUGAAACCGGAUUGUCUCGUUUUUUAUUACAGUAUGAGGCAGCUAUGAAGGUGAAACUGGAAGAAGAGAAGAUCAUGGACUCUCAAUCCGUUCAGCCACCCCUCCCUGUGGAUAAGACCGUACUAGUUGAGUAUGUGUUCCACAAGAAAUACACAAAUGCAAAAUUUGCAGAAGUAAGGAAACAAUCAGUUGCUUUAAAGCACACAAAUGCAACAAAGACGGGGGCGCUUGGUUCUCUUUUAUUCUAUAGAGCCGACGAGAAUGUUGCGACCCGCAUGAAAUGGAAACAAAAAAAAUCAUACUUUCUUAGCAUCGAUAAGGAGAAGGGAGAGUUUUCAUGUUCUUGUAAACUAUUUGAGUUUUCUGGGAUAUUGUGCAGGCAUUUAAUCCGCGUGAUUGAUACCGAGGUCAUACAGGUAAUUCCUGAUAAAUACAUCUUGGAUAGAUGGCGGAAAAAUAAAGUUCGUGGCUAUGAGGAUAUUCGGGUUUCAUACUAUCACCCGGAAGAAUCAGCUCGUGUGAAGAAGAAUAGGGAUUUUUCCCAGAGACACACAUACUUGCCUAGCUUACCCAUGCACAAUGAUGCAACAUUGUUGUUGUACAAGGAAGCAACUAAAAAAAUACGCAGCGCAUUGGAAGCAGAAGUUGGAGUAGAAAACACUGGCACUGAUGGAUAA